UGAUGCUCCCAUUAUGGUUUGCACGCCUAGAGUUUAAGGUUUGCAAAGGACAACCUUUUAUAAUUUAGCUGUGUAUGCAUAACCUCAACUACAUUCUUUGAUUUCUUACGGCUGUAGUGGUCACCCACCCACCCUGCCGUAAUUAUUUAGCUUCGUUUAAUAAAUUGUAAAUCAUCUUUAAAGGUUUGUUUAAGCAAAUGCCAAGGCAAUGAAUACGCAGAUGACGUGACGAAGGAAUGCAAACCGUGUGCCAGUGUUUGUCAGAAAUGCGAUGGGCCAGCAUUUAACCAAUGUACAUCUUGCGAAGCACCAAAACUACUCAAGGGUGGGAAUUGUGUUACGAGCUGCACGGAUGGAUGGUUUGCCACUGAGGAUAGACGUUGCGAGAGAUGUGAUCCAACAUGUUUAACCUGUAGUGACAAGGCUAUCUUCUGUACGGCUUGUAAAGAGGACCAUAAGCUGGAAAUGAACAGGUGGGUCAUGUGCAGGGGUGGAAAAAAAUUUUACAUUCUAGGACCGCAAAAGAACAUUGAAAAAUUUUCUGCGAAUAAUCAAGUAAAUCAACACUCGAACGCUGUAACUGUGUAACACUAACAAGUUGUCAAACUUAAUGUCAUGCUAUAUUUUAAGGUAUAUAACAUAAAACUAAUUUAGAUAACAUCAUACGUCAGGGGGACUGAUCCUAAGGUAAAUUUACAGAUGCCAAAAAUGGGCACCACUAGGGGGAUCUGGGGGCAUGGUGCCCCCGAAUAUUUUGAAAAUUAGGUUUCUCAGAUUGGCUAAAAAUGUAUUUGCCAUACCACAUUGGUUACAUCAUUCUAUAGUCUGUACAUUUAUUCACUAUUGCACUAUUAAGAUGGAUGUGCUUCUAAUUGAAUUUCUGAGGUCAUAUAUACAGUACAGGUAACAUUCUUUCUGUUGGGUAGAAUUUUUCCCCUGAAUUUCUACCUAUGUCUAAAUUUCUACAAUUAUCUUUUUUUCUUUCUUGGAAAUAUUUUCUGGGAACUCAAGAAAUUUUCUGCGACCAAUGGUCCCAUAGUCCGAUACUUUGGUCCCAUGAUACAAUGGUCCCAUGGUUCGAUACAGUAGGUACUGUAGGUUCACGUGGGUAGGUUUUUACGAAGGUAAGAUAAGGUGGGGUAAGAUACGGUAAUAAUUAGUACAGAUAGUUACAGGAAAAUGUAAGGCAUUGCUCUUAUCUUUAUUCUCGUUUUUCCAGGUGUGUCAUUGAUUGCAAAGACAAUAAUUAUGUAUCCAACGAUCUCUGCUGGGCUUGUCAUCCUUCAUGCUUGACAUGUAACAACGGUACUGCCUGGUCGUGUACUGAAUGUGGGGCCACCACCGCCACACGCGAGGGGGUAAAACAAGACCUCUACCUACACAGAGGAAUGUGUGUGAUAACGUGUCCCUCUGGUUUUUAUGGUAAUAAUCAUCAGUGUGCACCAUGCGACGCUUCUUGUAAAUAUUGUAAAGGUCCGUUGAAUACGGAUUGUACGGCUUGUAAAGAUGGAUUGGUUAGAGAGGACAAUGGGACAGGGUUAUGUUUGGAUAACUGUCCGUCAGGUAAGAUUGUAAAUUUAAUAUCAUAAAUUACCUUUCAAUUUCCCAUUACUUAAGGGUCGGGCCGUCUUGUGUAUCAUUUCCAUGCAAAUCUUGCAUCAUCCAGUCUCUUCGAUGAUCUUCUUAAUUCUAGCACUCCGCGUUAUCCUUUUUCUUCAUCACUCAUUCUUAUUCUUUGUCUUCCUCCGGAUCUUCUCUUACAGAUUCCUUUCAUGCUAAUUUAUUAUCUAUUCUAAUCAAAUAUCCAAACAAUUUUUAUCCGUCGUAACAUUCCAAUCUCAGCCCUCUUUAAUAGCCUGCAAUGGACCAUUAAUAACUAAUCUACAGUGUUAUGUACAUCACAUAUUUAUAUUACAUUCUUCCAGGUUCAAGCCAUAGGAUAUCAGAGGACACAUGUGUGAAAUGUGGAUCCAAUUGCAGUGCAUGUGACACUGAUCACCCCUCAAGUUGUACGGCUUGUCAUCAAGGGAUGUUUUUAUGGCAACGUAAAUGCGUAACACCUGACGAGUGUCCGAGGGGUACAUACGCAGAGACCGAUAGUCGCCGGUGUAAAUGCUGUGAUCCGUCAUGUGACAGGUGUAUUGACCCGCCUACCUUCUGUACUGCUUGCUCCGGGUAUUCGUAUCUCCAUGACAACAAAUGUAAACUAGUUUGUCCGGUUGGAACUUAUGGCAAAGACAAUAAGUAAGUGAUGAAAUAACUAAAUUUUUGGUCGGGUACCAGUGUAAUAUUCGUUACCCAAAAGAUUUCAUCCGUCCAGGACUGUACACAACUGUGUUAAACCUUCAUUCUCUCAGCAUUACAGAACCAUGAACAAUGCCUUCCUAUGCAUGAUAUAUUUCUUGUUUGAUUUCUUAUAGGUGUUUACCAUGCUAUGCCAACUGUUCAAGUUGUUUUGGUGGUAGGCAAGAUCAAUGUCUUACUUGUACAAAUGGCUUCUACUUGUUCAAUAAUAGCUGUGUGAAACAGUGUCCGUUUGCGGAUGAGAUGUUUGUGAAUAAAACAGGACGAUGCCAUUUUUGCUCCCUGACGUGCGAGGGAUGUAUGGGUGAAGCGACAAACUGUACCACAUGCAAAGGUGAGGGUUUGCCAUUCAUAAAAUUUUUGAAACUAAAGCAGACGAAAGGGGGAUAAGGUCAUUAUGGGCCAGUGUUACUACGAGAGGAAAUCAAAGUACCGAGGCACUUGCCACAACUUAUAAUGUUUUAUUAAAACACAAAACAAUAAUAGACACUCCGAAACAUUUUCAUUCUUUACGUUUCGACUAUUAAUUUAAUUUUAAAUCAUCUUUAGAGAAAUGCCAUUCUUAGCAUUCUUCUUGGCAUUCUUCUGAAGAUGACUUAAAUUAACAGUCGAAACGUAAAGAUUGAAAAUGUUUACAAUUUUCGGAGUGUCUGUUGUUUUGUGUUUUAUUAAAAUACUCUUUGGCAACCGCAAUUUUUUAUUAUAUUUUAUUGUAUAAACAACGCGUUGCGGCAGGGUCAUCGUCUACCUAUACUAUCCAGGCUCGUGGUUGGUUGAUUAUAACAAUGAAAGACAAUAAAACUAUAGAAAUCGUCUUUCCAAAGAACGAGUCACGAACAAUGAUAUUUUUUGUUUCUGAAAGCCAAUCACAAAACAUGAUCAUUUUAGGUUGGUCUUUACCCUUGCAGCGCGAACAAAACCGAAUGUGAUCAUAUACCAUACCAUACCAUCAAAUGUAUACCAAGCCAUACCAUACCAGUACUAAGCCAUAUCGUACCAUACCACACAUUAUAAUACCUUACCAUCCAUACCAACUUUUCAGCAGAAGUUGGCUUACAUUGUUUGUUGUCUCUUUACAGAUGGUUUUAGUAAAGUCGACGGACUAUGCAAGUCAGUAUGCGAAGAUGGAACUUUCCACAACAGUACAUUAGCUUCUCAAACAACGGGGAACAAAACAAAUGACCAUUGUUCAGAAUGCCACACGUCAUGCUCGUCAUGCUUAGGACCAACUAAAUACGACUGUCUUCGUUGCAAGGGAGUGAGAUUCCGAGACCCGAUCAAUAAAUUGUGCUCACUCAACUGCCCCAAUCUACGUGGAUACUACGAGGACCUCACCACUACCCUGUGUGAAAGAUGCCCAUCGGAGUGUUCGGAAUGUAUAAACCCAGCUACCUGUUUGAGGUGUGUCCCUGGGUUGUUUUUAUUUGAAAAGCAGUGUAUCCCGCAUUGUCCAGAAGGUCGUUACGCAAGUAAUGUAAGCAAGGCUUGUACGCCGUGUGAUAAGGCUUGUAAAUCGUGCGCUGGUUUGCCUACAUCUUGUACAAAGUGUAAUCCAUCCCAGAUCCUGUUUAAAAAUCAAUGUGUUACCAAGUGUCCGUCGGGGAUGUUUUUAUCAAAGGAUUUCAAUCGCUGUUUACCGUGUGAUGACUCCUGCUUGACAUGUGUUGGAGCUGGCCGAAGUCGUUGUACGUCAUGUAAGCCGGAAUUGGUGCUGUUUCAAGCUCAGUGUCGCACAAGAUGUCCCACGCGAUAUUAUCACAAUACUGAAGCACAGAGUUGUCAGCCUUGUGAUUACUACUGCCACAGAUGUAGCGGGGGUGAGUUUCUUUUAUAUUGGUAGGGCUUUUAUGGAAUCUCUGCAUUGAAUUGAAUAUAACUGGAACACUGCCUUCAGAUAAACUGAAGGUUAAGACUCAAGAUACGCGUGUUUAUAUCAUGAUUGACUGAUUGAGCGCUCUUCGCAUGCGUGAAAAGACUGGGACUGGUCUUCUAAUUUGGCUUCAAAAUUCCGGUUGGAGGUAGCGUUCCGUUUAAUGCAUCUCUGUCAGUGGUCCGAUUUUCCUUGUGGAGGGGGGGGGGGGCAUGUUCAUUUUUUCCACGGCACCCAUACACACGCGCUUGUCAAAGUAAAUGGCCAUAUACCUAGUCUUACGCCCCCUGGUGGUCAAAAGGCGGUCUGCUAUCGCAGACUACAUAUACCUUGCUUUCACAUGAGACCACUGCAACAGGAUCGCCCUUGUCCCCCAAGGUCUUAUUGACCUCACAUCUAAGUAAGUAAGUAAGUAAGUAAGUAAGUGGGAUGUGCUGAUCAUCCUUACUUGCAGCUGAGAGCUAAGCUGAAUUACGAGGCAGCUCAACCUGAUCGAGCUAGGGGGAUAAUCCUAACCCACCCUGUCAACAUUCCCUGUGGGAGGAAACCGGAGUACCCGUAGAAAACCCACGACUUUCGGCAGAGCGUUGACUCUUUUCACAUAAAUGUCAUGUAUGAGUCCGUAGCGAGAAUCGAACCCACGAUCUCAGAGGUGAAAGGCGCUUGCUCUGAUGAUUGCAUCUACAGAGCAAUACAGUUCAUUCACUCUAUCUCUCUCACUUCUUCGUCUUUUGCCCAUCUCUAGUCUCAGGAUCAGUUUCUCAUUAUAUCCAAAAAAUCUCUGCGAAUUGCAUCUGUAUUCAUCUUUAAUACUUUUCAUUUACUAUAGGCAAUGGUUUGUUAAGCUGUAAGGAAUGCAUAUCACCGUUGGUUCUUGAGAACAAUAUGUGUGUAAGAACGUGUUCACCGGGUUACGUGUUAGAUCGCAUGAAACGCGCGUGCGUCCCGUGUCACGAAUCUUGUGACCGGUGCAUGGGUGCAACACGUGAUCAAUGUCUAUCUUGCAAAGACAGCCAAGACAGUCUACAGGGUUCGGUUUGUAAGAAAUCUUGCGGUGACGGAAUGUACAGAAACCCCGAGACGUCGCGAUGCGAAUCGUGUCAUCCGUUGUGUAAAACCUGUUCUGGUGGAGGAAAAGAGGCUUGUACGAGCUGUGUGGAGGGACUGUCAUAUUCCUUAUCUCAAUGUUUAUCCUCGUGCGGUGAAGACGAGUACAGGAACAAUGGGCAAUGUUAUAUGUGUGACAGAGGAUGCAAGACGUGCAAAGGAGCAACUAGUAAAGAUUGCUUGAGCUGUAAUGAUAAUCGGAAACUUUUCAAUUUCACUUGUGUGAAGAACUGUCCGCCGGGGAUGUAUGAACGGGACUCUAAUGGCAUUCCAGAAUGCGAGCGAUGUCACCCAUCUUGCGCAACCUGCACGCGGGCUGGACCCGACGCCUGCACGUCAUGUCGCAUGGAUCUAUACCUCGAGGGAACUAACUGCGUACAACAGUGUUCAAUAAAUCACAUCCUGGACGAAGACACGAAGAAAUGCAAACUUUGUAACUCAGAUUGUCCUACAUUCGCAAACAUCACAGAUCGUUCGGCCCUUCCUCACAAGAACGACGAAAGCAACGCACCCACGAAACUUGAAAACCAUUUCAUCUUAAUAUCAAUGGCAACGUGCUUAUCGCUACUUGCUAUAUUCGCAUUACUUGGCCUCUGUAAGUCUCGUUCAACCAACGGUUAUACAAAGGUCAACAACAACUCCGCCUCGAGUGUGGAAACACAGCAGACAUUCGACAACAAUGUUCCAAGCGUUUACAUUCGAGAUGACAAUGCCGAAAGCGAAGCCAUGUUAAAUGACCCCGAUGACCAUGAAAUGUAGCGAAAGACCUUUUCAAAUUUUCGUAUAGAAAUUUUCGUCUUAAAAAUUUGUGUACAGUUCAAAGAAUUUAUUUUAUAUUUCUAUAUUUCAAAUUCUAUAUUUUAAUAUAUUAUUCAUAUAUCCACUACGCAAUUAUUUGAUGUAUAUGUGUAUAUACGAUUACAUUGCACGUAUGAACGGUUUCAAUUUAAGAACUUUUUUAUAAUCAUGAUUCGAAAUGACAAUUUCGUUGCGUACUGUAUACUUUUCAUAAAAUAUUCUCUUUAAUAUGAAUUUCACUUUGCAUAUACAGAUUCUAUUCAAUGAAC